AUGUGUCGAGAAACUGUGGCUAUUAAUUUGACACAACUUUACGAAGAUGUAACUUUAUCGACUGUUAAGACGCGCCCACCAAGCGGUGGCAUACAAAGUGGCCAAAAUGUUGACCCUUUUGUUGAUGAUGAAGUUUUGAAUGGUUAUGAUGAUUCAAUGUUGGAUGUGGAUAUGGAAGAUAAUUUUAUACCAUCCUCAAAAACCUUAGACGCCGAAAAAAUUGACCGUGGGGUGAACAAUGGGAUUGCUCCUCCAAUUUUUAAGCUUGCAGGUCAAAACUACUAUAGCAUUGGUAGCUUACUUCCUUCUGAUAGUUUGCGACCAACAUUUGCCCAGCUAUAUAUUUAUGACACAGAAAAUGAGAUUGAAAAUCGAAUAGACACACUUCGUUCCAAUGAAGUUAUAAAUGAGCGGGAUAAGAAAAGUGUGGCAAUAUUAAGAAACAUGCUAGACAAAUAUAAUAUUUUGGCAAAGAGUUUUCGCUAUGCAAGAGAUAUGUACCAACAGAAAAAUUGCACAAACAUAAAGCUUAAUUUGAUUAGUAAAAUGACUACAGAUGGCAGGACAUACAACUUGCCAUCUGCAUCUGAAGUGGCUGCAUUGAUUAUUGGCAAUGUCGAACAACUUAGCAAAGAUAGAGAUAUUAUUAUAGAGAGUCAAUCUAGAAAGCUCCAGCGGAUUGAUGUUUUUCAUCCAUCUUAUUUAGCCUUACAAUAUCUAUUAUUGUUUUUGUAUGGGGAGGAUAUAUUUCAUUUGGGUAUUGCAACAUCAGAUUCUAUCUCUUUUCUGGUAGAUGUCUACACAGUGGUGGAAUCAGAGAGGUUAAAAUUCUUUAGGUGUAUACAACCACAGUUGAGGGUUGAUAAAUACAAAUGUCUGUAUGAAAGUCUUAUAAACGGGGAUGUAGAUGUUGCAAGGCUUGGUAAAAGAAUCAUUCUUCCCAGUACUUUUACCGGUGGACCUAGAGAAGUGACUUCCAUUGGAUUGAAGGCAGAAGACCGUCUUGAUAUAUUGUGUCGAGUUUUCAAGAUCAAGCUUGAUAGUUUCAUUGAUGACCUAAAAGAGGAAAAAAACUUUCGCAAAAUUUUGGGAUACGUUUGCACUGUAGAGUUUCAAAAGAGAGGGCUUCUGCAUGCACAUAUCCUUUUAUUCAUGAGUAACGAAUUCAAGCCACAAACACCAGAUGACAUAGACAAACAUAUAACAGCUGAGAUUCCUUAUGAAAAUGAAAGGCCAAAUCUACAUGGAGCUGUUCAAAAUUACAUGGUACAUGGUCCAUGUGUGAAGAAAAGAGAAUGUGUACUAGACAAUAAGUUCAUUGUUUCGUAUAAUCCAAAAUUGUUGCUCAAGUUUGGGUUCCACAUAAAUGUGGAAUACAUAUGCCAAACAAGUUCUAUUAAGUAUCUGUUUAAGUAUGUACACAAGGGUAAUGACCGCGUAACAGCUACUCUAUACAAUGCUGGUGAUCCGUCAGAAGCCACACAAGUUGUUGACGAAAUUAUGAAUUACUACGAUUGUACGUACAUUUCGGCAUGUGAGGCAGUCUGGCGUCUAUUUGGAUACGAAAUUCAAGAGAAAGAACAAUUUGUGAUUAGACUUCCAUUCCAUUUGGAGGAUGAGCAAACUGUGGUUUAUGGUGAAACUUCUAAUGUGAAUGAUAUCGUCGAGAGAGCAAUAUCUCAUAAGUCCAUGUUUUUGGGAUGGAUGGCGGCAAACAUGUCAUAUCCCUAUGCUCGAAGUCUGACUUAUGCUGAGUUUCCAACCAAGUUUAUUUGGAAGGACGAUUCUUCAAAGUGGUUUCCUCGAAAGAAAGACUUCGCAAUUUGA